AUGGCUGGCUCGAGGAAACGAAAAUUUUAUGAAGUUUCCGAUGAAAAUAUUGCUAUUCAAAAAUUUAAACGAUAUCACCAAAAAAUUUGCGAUGCAUCGAUAGAUUUACCAAUCGAGAAGCCAAUUCGACGAAUGAAUCGUAUAUUAAUUGAUUCGAAAGAUGAUGUAUUUAUAUUUGUUGAUUUCGCGAAAUAUGUAAGGAAAAGCGUGGAUAUCAAACUUAUUAUUUGUCUUCUUUCGCGCUACAACGCUUCUCUUUCAGCUUUUGAUACAUCAAUUUUCGAUUUGCUUCGUAUCCUAGAACGAACAUAUCAAAUUAAUUUAAGUGCAUUUUUUCCUCUGACGUGGAGUUCGCAAGCAAAGGACAGUUAUCAACAAUUGCAAAAUUUCGGUGCAACAUUACACAAUCGUUUAACAUCUGACCAAGUUUUGGGACACUUGGAUCCUGAAAGAGUAUGGUUAUCUCUGCUCGCAAUAGAUGCAAAAAAAGUGAAGUGUGAUCAAAAUUUGUAUGAUCCUCGUUUCCUUCUUCGCUGUUUCAUCUCGACUGUGGAGGAAGGAUCUGAUGUUAAUUUUUUUCAAAAAUUUUUUCUAACCAACAAUUUUCAGUUAACAGCCCGUAAAUUUAUCGAUAGCAAUGCACUGUCCUUUGCAUUUGCAGCAACGAGUUGUUCUGACAAGAAAGAGCGAGCUGUUUCAUACUACAUUCUUCGAAGGUUUUUGGAACGCUUGAAUGAAUUAAGCGCUGAAAAUUUUGUUGAAAAGCCCUUAUUUGCUUAUCUUCUGAGAAUAUUCAGGAAUAGUAUUCCUCGUCCAAAUGAAAGACUUCCUCAUGUCGUUUCGCAUUUUUUCGCCCGAACGAGCAAAUUAUUGCUUAAUCCAUCAGAUUCAGUUUAUGCCUCAAUUUUGGCCUUUCUUACUCUUAAGCCAACAGUGGAUAUUGGGAACGUCCCAGAAUUUUAUAAACUAUUUUUGAGCUCAAGUACUCAUUUCCAUAAUGAUGAAAGGCACUGGAUCUUAAAACUUUUAUCUGGUGCUAUGAUUGAGCCCAAUGAUUACAAUAUUUUGCAGAAAAAAUCUGGAAUCACGCUGUGUUUAUCACUUUUUGCUUCCAAUAUAUCCGAUCGAAUUACUAGAAAAUAUAUUUUGUUAAUUCUUCGUUCGGUGUUGAAAUUUCCAUCUUUAGCAUAUGACCUUUUUCAUCGCCAUAAUUUUCAUUCUUGGAUUGCAUUGACAAUUCAACAGUCGUUCAUAUCUCAAUGGGAUGCUGUAUUUUUAUGUCAGUUGUUUAUAACGUUAUAUGAGCAGAUAAAAAGUUACUGUUUAAUUAAACGUAAAAAUCCGAUGAAGCUUGGUUCUGUAUCAAUGAAACAACGAAUGCUUCAGAUGGUGGCGCCGAAGGUUGAUUUUUUAUUGUUUUGA